CACGGCAUGUGGCAUCCAUGGAGGGACCUGGCUGCUCUGAAGCUCCUCAAGCCAGACAUCAUUCUCUUUGUCGGGGACUUUGGCGAGGAGCAGGUGCAGUUGGUGCAGCAGGUGGCGGCAGUGAAAGGGAUGAUGUCCGCUGUGGGCGCGCAGGUGGAGGUGGCAGUCAUCCUCGGCAACCAUGACGCCUGGUUCCACAUGUUCAGCCUAGGCAGCCUACACGUGGGGUACGGGCGGGUGGACCUCCCCCAGUGGCGCCUGUCCAUCGUGGGAGCUCGCCCCUUCUCCUACGGCCCCUCCAGCUGGGCUAAGAGCUUCUACCGCGCCAGGUGUGGAGUGCGCACCAUGAACGCCAGCACGGCAAAGAUCACAGAGACCAUCCGAGCAGCACCCGAGUCACACAGCGUUGUUGUUCUCGCACACAACGGGCCCGCAGGCCUGGGCUCCCACCCAUGGGACAUCUGUGGCAAGGACUUUCCCUCCAAGGGGCUGCCGCCAGGAGGAGACUUCGGAGAUGAAGACCUGGCACGAGCAAUCGCAGCAGCUCUGGAGGACGGGCGGCACAUGCCACUGGUGGUGUUUGGCCACAUGCACCGCGACCUCUUCCCCUUCAACUACCGCUCGCGCUCCAACCGCCCCAGCACCCCUCACAUUGCUCCUACACUGCAAGGGGAGCCUGUCACCCAGCGCCGCAUGGCUGCAGUGCUGCUGCACCCCGCCUCGCCGCCUCUCCCCUCAUCUCCCUCCCCUCUAGCCGCUGCCACUCUGCCAGCUGAACGGGCUACCAUGGCUGCAGCAGCUGCGCUCUCUAUGCCUGCUGCUGCAGGUAGCACGCCUCUUGCUGCUCCCUCCAACAGUUCUGACAGCACCCACACCACCGCCCAUGCCACCACACAAGCCAGCACUCAUACCAGCACUCAUGCCACAACUCAGGCCAGCACCCUUGCCACCAACCACACCGUGUUUCUCAACGCUGCAGUCGUGCCUCGGAUAGUCUCUCUUGACGAGGAGCAUUUCACCCGAACCUCUGGGCCAGGUUUGGCAGUCUACCCCGCUCUUGGUUCGGAACCGCUUGACCCAACACCAGGGCUAUUGCCGUCAUACUGGAGAGGAAUGGGAGAGAAUUGGGGAGCAGGCGGAGAAGAAGCUGACAGUGGGCCGGAGGGUGUGACUGCAGGAGUGUGCCGAGGCAUGAAAGAGUUAGGGAUGGGUGGUGCGAGGGAUGCGAGGGGAGGGGGAGAGGUGCAGGUGGCAGUGCAGGCAGGGUGUGUGGGAGGUGGCGCCCCACCUGCGGAGAUGGUGUCACAACAAGUGGAGGACGCACGUUCAGUGACCGGUGUGGCGGAUAGAGAUGGGGAGUUGUGUGGGGAAGUGUGUGGUACGAAAGGAGGAGGGGAAACGGGAGGGGCAGCAGAAGCAGUGGUAUGGGAGGAUGAGGUGCGGUGGGAAGGGGACGAUGGAGUAGCAGUGGGAGAAGCGAUGGGGGGAAGGGAUGCGGGCGCAGCCCCGUCGCUGCACCACUUUGUGCUGGCACACCUGGCGGUGCAGGAAACAGUGGUGGCAGCUGCUGCUGACAGUGGCAGGGAAGGGCAGUGUGUGGAUGGUGACCCGAGCCGCUGGGUGUGUGUGGGGGCAGAGGACGUGUGGGUGAAGGUGGAUGAGCGGACGGGUGGUGGUGAGAGGAGGGGGAUGGUGGCAUGCUUGCACAGGAAAGGCAGGAGGUGA